CGGCCAAACAAUUCAAGCUAUCAAAAUGCUAGAAAAAUGCAUAUGGCUGCAGCCAAGAUUUGUACAAGCGCACGUGGAACUAUUGGCCCUUAAACCAGAGUCAGAGAAGAAGAGUAUACUGACGAAGUUGGUGGAGUUGGAACCAAAUAAUUGGGAACAUUUCGUGCUUUACGGAGACUGGUUGAGGAUGAAAGGUCUACAAAGUCCAGCCUCAAAAUACUACUUAGAAGCUUUAAAACUGAACUUUAAAAAUCGAAAUAUAGAUAAACCAAUUAGAGGUGACCUAAUUGCGUUCAGAUAUACAGUCUUAAUGUACAGAUCGUUAGGACAGAAGUCCAGAAUUCUACAGCUAUUAACAAGGUGGCACACGUGGCGACGCGGCUGGCCGAGUGCAGCAGCGGCGCACAUGUAUCUACGCGACUGGCGACUCAAAAUGGAGCUCGAGGGACGGGUGCAAAUAUAUUCCAAGGCUGUUAAUCCCACUAAAACUACUACCUGUUUCGAUCACUCGCAACUAUCGGGUGAAGUCAAAAAAGCAACAGAAGAUAAAACAAAUAAGUAUGAAGAAAAUAAAAAUCAACUAGCAAAUUUAAAGCGUGACGACAAAAAAGUUCUAAGUGCUGAUAGUGACAGUAAUAGUGCGUGCGAAUGUAAAAAGUGCGGGACCAAAAAACGUAACGUAUCUAUAUCGUCUCAAAUCAAAACAACCCAUAAUAAAUCAGAAAUUGGACAUAAGGAGAAGAAAUGUAGUUUGCAUAGAAAAGACAAAACAGUGAAAAACAGUGGAGUCAUACCGAACAUAGGUGGGUUGUCUGAACAUAUUCUUAUGAAGACAUUUUAAGUUGAUAAUAAUGAUCAUAUAAAGUGUGAUAUUUUGAGUGUGACUAUUUAAUUUGAUGACGUAGUAAAGUUUGUGCUUGCGAAAAUUGAUUUUAUUUCCAUAAAGGAACUCAAUAACGUUAGGUGUAAUGCUGACAAUAUCGCAAAGUUGGACGUAGAUAAGGAAAUAGUUGAUGUCAAAAAUUCUAUUAAAAAUAUUUUAUAAGUUGGAAUCAUCGAUCAGUAAUUACCAGAUUUACAUUUUUCUUAUAAAUCAUUGAAUUACAAGCUUUUACCUGUUACUUUGCUCGCGUGAUUGCGAUAUAUUCACUGAUCGGGAUAAAUAAAUUAGCCUGUGUUCUCCAUCAUAUAUAGUACCUAAGUACUAAAUUUCAUAGCGAUUAGUUCAAGUAUUAAGGUGCCAAGACGUAAGAAACAAACAUUUACAUUUAUAACAUUAGUAAGGAUUAUUUUGUUUUGUAUUGCUUGUAUGCUAAUUUGUUUAAUAUUGAAAAUUGAGGUUGCAGCAAUAAUACAAUCAUAUUUCAUUUAUACCAAUGUGUAUAUAUUAAUUUUUUGUACUUUAAUUUUCUACAUUGCAUCAUUUAAACAAAGUAUACUUAUUAAAAUAAUGUGUUAAAGAUCAUUGAUAGGGAAGAUAGCAUCCUGUUUGGAUGAUAUUUUAUUUCACUUUUUGGACGGUGACUGUAAAUCUUGUUAUUACUAAUCAAAUAUGAAAAUCUAAUUUGAAAUCAAAUUCAUUCGAAUUUUUCUAAAAUUAUAUACACAUUGGAGAGAAAAUUAUUAGAUGUCCGGUUAAAUAUAAAUAUAUUAUAUAUAAUUCAUUCAUAACAGUUAACAGUUUUGCAGACUAAUAGAAUUUUUUACAUCGACAUCAUUAGAUAGAUAACUAAUUUUAAACAUUUGUAGAGAAUUGAAAUGAAAAAUAUAUUUUUGUCAAUGGUUAAAGGUUAGGUGAUUUUUAAAGGACAUGCACAAAGUUUUUACGCUAGCAUUAGAAUUUAUACGAUACGUACAAACGGCUCGUUGGACGCAAAUAAAAAUGUGACAAGUUUCGUUUUAUUUUCAAAGUGCAACAUUUGCAGUGCAAGUGGUUGUAACGUGAGAGCUAUAAAUUAAAUAUUUAUUGAAUACAUGACUUUGUGUUGUCAUAUGAAUUAUUAUUUACUAUUUCGUCUAUUUUCGUUAUUUGUCUGUCUAGUUUCGAUAUUUGUCUAUUCCGUUGCAGUAUUACAGUUACAAUUGUUUUUUUUUAACUGAUGUUGCAAAUAAAAUUGAUGCUUUAUAGACCGAUUGGAUUUUAAAAAACUAUCCUCCUAUAUCAAUAGUAAACUCAGUAGCUUCAAAAAGAGAUUUUUAAUUAUCAUAUACUUUUUGUACAUGUAAAAAGUACUUGGUAAUUUUUAGUAAAUUAGGGUAAAGGAAUGUUAAACAUUAUUUACGCUGAUUCUCAACCGAUUUUUAUAAUUCUUUUUGCAAUUAAUCAUAUAUUAUAUCAGCCAUUAACCGUCCACUGCUAAAUAUAGCCCUCUCCCUACUGGGGGGUUUUGCCAGAAUUAGCCACACUUGGUAGGCGAGUUGGCUAUCGCUGUUAGACUUUGGUGAUGUCUAAAGAGGGACGCUGCUACCCAUUCCUUAACCUUUAGUCACCUCUUACGACACCAGUGGGAGAAGAUGAGUUGGUCCAUCGUAUACUACGCCCACACGAAAUGUUUAGUUCCAUGUUUUUUUUUUUCAAUGGUUGAUAAUGGAAUAGUAACACCGCCUGCGUUAACGGUAUAUACGAGUACUUGCGAAGCACCAGUGAGGUAUGAUAGGUGAGAAUGAAAUCUUUCAUUCUGUGUAGGUUUAACAUUACUUUUGUCACGAUCGAUUUUUUUGCGAAAUAAAGUCAUAAAUUAUGAAAUAACGAAAUUCUCGUAACGCUAAAGGGAGUAAGACAUUAUCGUCAAUGAAUAUUAAAAAGAAAUGAUGCGAAAUAUUUGAGAGCUUUUAUAUUUGUAUAUAAAAAGCUCAAGAUCGUUUAUCGUGGUAGUCCUUAAGGAAGAUUUAUGUUCAGUAGCAGACAAUGAAUGCGUAAAAUGAUAAAGAUGUUGAUCUUUAUAUAGCUAGUAGAUAAUACUAUCUUUUACUCGUGACUUCGUUUGCGUGACUAGAAUAAAAUUGGCCGGAAUAAAUCGUAGUCUAUAUCCUUUUCAAUCCCAUAUAGUAUAUAUAUAUACCAUCUUUGCCGCUUAUUAUCAGGUGGGCCGUAUGCUUGUUUGCUACAACAGUGGUAUAAAAACUACAAACUUACACUUUUAUAAUAUUAGUAAGGAUUUAUAUUCGUACCAAAUGAAAAAAAUAACUGGACCAAUUUCAAUCAAAUUUUAAUUGGAUCCAGAUAAACUGCAUCAGCUUCUGGUAUUACGCAAAUCUCCAUAAAGGCCAUUGUACUAGCUUAUGUGCGUUUUGUCAAAUUUUUGGGAUAUUUCACAAUUUUCCUGUAUAGUUUUACUUAACUAUCUACAGUUAAUUAAUGUCUCUAACUACCUCUUAGAGAUUACAGUUUAGCCGUCAACUUAUUUU